AUGACCCCCAAUGACAAUAGUCGAAGAUCGUCUGGGCUUCUUGGUCAUCUUCCAGCUGAAGUACUUAACCAGGUAUUACACCAACUACCCAACAUCGAUUUGAAAAGUCUGCGUCAAACAUGCACUUACAUCAAAAAUUCCACGCAUCUUGGCCUUGACCGUCUCUUUUUCUCGCCCAAUUUGCGCGAUAUAGAGGUCUUCACAGCUGUUGCAAAUCACGAAACCUUUCGGCUCCAGGUCACAGAGAUCAUCUACGACGAUGCACGUUUUGAUGCAGCCCACGAAAUGGAGUGUCCCUCAUGGUAUGACGAAGAAAAGGACAUCGGUGAAACUACCGGAGUUCCUGACUGGUAUUGUCACGUCUACCGUGAGAAUCGUGCGAUGGUCAGGAGUUGCAAGUAUAGCCAAGUCAAAGAAGCCUUCGAACAUACACUCAGCCCAGCAGAAGCAUUUAAGCAUUUCAAGAAGUUGUGGCAGGAACAACAAGAGACUAUUGCCACCAACAGAGACGCCGAUGCGUUAAAGUAUGGGCUACUACGGUUUCCCAAUCUGAAAAGAGUGGUAGUUAGUCCUGCGGCUCAUGGAGCACCUGGACUGCCGUGGUAUCUCACGCCUACUAUCAGAUCACUCCCACGCGGUCUCCUUUACCCUAUUGAGCGUGGAUGGCCUCUCAUACGGAUGAGUUCCAGCUUUCCCGAAGCGAGGGACUGGGAUGGCUUGGAGAAGGAUAAAUGGCGCGGCUAUUGUCUCGUCAGUCGCAUCGUCGCCCAACACCUACGGAAGAACCCAGAGAGCAAACUUGCUGAAUUAGCUGUUGACACCAAUCAACUCCGAACAGGGAUUAGUUGCCGUAUAUUCGAUGACGCCGAGAACAGCGAGAUCAAAGACCUGAAGACCAUCCUAAGUCAUCCUGGGUUCGCGAGCCUUGACCUCUCUCUACACUGCGGCAACCAGUAUGAGAAGAACUGGUGCUCUUUUCGAAGUAACCAUUUGCGGAAUACACUUGCCAUGGCGAGGGAUAUCCAACAUUUUAGUCUGUUGACUAAUGUGAUAUAUGUUGACGACUUUGAUGAAUCUGAAUCUUACUACUAUCACGACCCGGACGCAGAGGAAGUAGACCACUUUAUUCCUUUGCAAAGCAUCUUGCCUGUUAACGACUGGCACCAACUUCGACACUUCGGCCUCUGUCGAUUCAUCGUCAAAAAAGACGACGUCAUAAAUGUUCUCGAAAUUUUAUCGCCAACCCUAACGUCUGUUGAACUGAGUUACUUGAUCUUCAUGCCCGAUAGUGGCGACUAUCACAGCUUGGUGCAAGACAUGCGGCAGAAGCUAGGCUGGCGCGAGCGGGACGCGGAAAACCAGCCUAAAAUAGUUGUUCGCGUUGACGUUCGAUUUGGCAGUGUUUAUGGCGCUUAUAUGAUGGAUGUUAGCCGGGAGGUGACCAGUUUCAUGUAUCAAGAUGGUGAGAACCCAUUUGACGAAGAUGAGGGAAGUGUUGAGCAUCCGUAUGUUCCUCAGAGUGAUUACCCUGAAGGUAAUGGGAGGCUCUUGGAUGCGUUUGAUCCCAGUUUUGAGCGCCCUAAUGUUGACACGCUUGCAAUGCAGGCUCGACAGAAACAAGUCCUAUAG